AUGGCAGCAGUCUACAAGACAGUCUCCAAGAAGAAGGCUCAGCAACCUGCUGAGCCAAUGGACGAUGAGGACAUUGACAUGGAGGAGCUGCUCAACGACGCAGACGACACGACAGACAGUGAAGAAGAAGAGGAGGAGCAGGGCGUCGAGGCCGCGAAAAAGCAGCUGGCUGCAGGUCAGAUGCCCAAGACUCGAGUCCUCAUUCUGACUUCGAGGGGUGUGUCACAUCGGUAUGGAAUGAUUGUUACAAUCACCAAGGGUUUAAGCUGA